GGCUCGAGGCGGCCGAUCAUUACAAGGUAUCCGGGUCGCCGGGAGUUUUCCUCCAAACAAAAACGAAAAUUCGCGAUUUUUUGACUGAAACGAAAAACAUUGUUUGAGCUUUUUUUUUCUCAAUUGGGAGUCUCAUUGGCGGGUGGAAUUCAGUGGAGAGACUUUCACUAGAAAAAAUAUUCGGAAAUCUGAAGAUGAAAAGCUAAGGAUUUGACAGCCCUGGUAUCGAGAAGCCGGCGGGUAUGAGUCGAAAAAUGACACUGUCAUUUCAUUCACCGGUGAUGGAGGAGCACGAGAGUAAACUGAUGACCGGGAAUCUCGAGGAGAGGAAGCUGGCUUUUAAGAGCGAUGAAGAGCUCAUGAGAGAAACGACUAAGUUUGUUACAGAAGUGAUAGAGACGGCAGCAACUGAGGCGAACAGGAGAAAAGUUCAGGGCCAGGAUGGCGCUAAUAGUGAAGGUAAUUUAGAGCAGCUUCAUAUAGGCAGUAGAUUGAAAGGUGGAGAUAUCAUCACCGGCUGGAACAACCGUGCCCGUGGCUUCUGCAACCGGAUACUGAACGCUCUGUGUCCGUGCUUCACCAAUACCGUUGACGUUCAAAUAGUUGACGCGCAAACUAGUGUAUAAUGCAACUGCCAAAAGAGACUGCUGGCUGUCUCACAAUUGGUCCGCAGUCUCUCAUUAUCCAACCAUCAUCAUCAUCAUCAUCAUCAUCAUCAUCAUCAUCGGCAUUCCAUGAUCGUCACAUAUCACUUCCCGUCACUUUGAGGAGAUUCUUAUCACAUUUUACGUCUUGUAAUGAUAAUAAACACUCAAAUUUCAGCACUUUUUCUCACCAUGUAUAUAUUUUUGAAAAAUACGAAAUGAAAUCAUUAAUUUUCAACUGUGAAAAAUGGAAAUUUCGCCAAAUUCUUUCUUGUUGAUUCAAGUAAAUGGUAAGAGGAAAUUUCUUAUCGCAUUUGAACAACUAUUGUUACCUUGAUUACAAUUCAUUACGUGAGACUAUCGUUCGGAUGACAUUAUUGUGUGGGAAUAUACCUGAACUAUUACCUGAAUUUAGUAAUUGGCCGUCGUCAAUAAAACUAUUAGAAUGUGGAAUUAUGUGGAUAACUGUAUAAUGUCAUUUUAUUUCUACGUAACAAAGUGAAGCCCUUGAUUUAUUAAGUAUCGAUACGUAUCAGUAUCACCACUGCCAUAUUCACCACAUCAUGCAACAGAGGUCACGUACAUAUAAAAUAGAACUAUUGUCAACUUUCACAUCCUCUGUCUCGUAUUCCACGGCAUGAUCCACUGUUAUACAACAACGAAAAAUGAAUGAUGCAACGGCAAUGCAAUUUUACGGGCCAUAAUUUUUGAUUUAUAGUUGAAAAAAUGGAGUGGAAAGUUGGAGAGGAAAAAUUAUCGUUUUACAUUUUUGCAUUUGUAUGAAUAAUUCUAGUGGAUGACGUGAAAAAUAUAUUGAUUCGAAGCUACUAUUUUAGGGAUUGAUGCGCCCAUGAACAGCUCCAAUAUAAAAUUUAAUUUUGUUCCUCUCCCAAUGUAAAUUACUCUGAAAUUUUUACUCAUAUUCGAAAUUUUUUUAACUCGUUGAUGAAAAUAUUCGUUUGGGGAAUUAUUUAAUAGUUCGGUAAUUUUUCGUGAGUGGAUACAUUAGAACGGGAUUAUCAAACAGGUCAUUUCUACUGAACUUUUCCCUCGUUGUACAUUUCUUUCGACAUAAAACGUACAACUGUAUUGAUCAUUUUUCCGAGUGCAAUGCACUGGAAAAAGUGAUGAAACGGCGGUUAAAAAUUGUGAUAAAAAUACACACCGAGAAAAAUUCAAUAAAAUUUGCGCAAAAUGUUUGCCAAUUCUCGCGUCGAGUGUCAUUCAGAUAAAAAUCAGGAAAUGAAUGAAAUUUUAAUAUGAUAUUGCAGAAAAAUUCUGUGACUUUCGCGUUAUUUUUCUCCAACGUCCCAUAAAAAUUGAUGUUCGUUUGGUGAAUUACUCUCAAUGACAUUUCGCUGAUCAACUUUUUCGGUAAUUUUUGUGGAACUUUUCCCUCCGCCUGUAACAACAACAGUCUUAGUUUGCUUUUCUGCCCAUAUUAUUUUGCGACAGCUUACAGUACAGAUAGAUCACACUCCAGAUCCGUCUACCAGCACAAUCAUGCAAAGCAAAAAAAAAAAUUGCGUGGCUUCCAACAGUUCAACCUAGAAAAUUUUUGCAUGUAGAUUAGAUCAGUAGUGUUUGGGUUAAAUCGUUAAAAUUCGGUUGAUAGUGACAACCAUUUAUGUAUUUAUUUUCAUAGAGUUAUUCGCCUGGACACCGUACCGGUAUCGCUUCACGAGACCUUAGCCCGAUGAGUAGUCGUCGCGAUAACUUGUAAAGAAUUAUCUGCGAUGCGCAUAAAAUAAAAUAAAAUAUGGAGGCUAAAAUUAUUUAUCUUUCGUGUAAAAAAUGGAGUGGAAUGGAAUGAAAAUGAGAUGCUUCCAUCGUAUGCAAGUACGCCGAACAUACAUCACAACCAAAGGGUCAUAAAAAAUCCCAUUAGUAACUUAAAUUAUGUAAGGCGAAACAAAAAUUAAUUGUGCGAAUGAAUAAGCAACUCAACAAUCUCAAAAAAUACUUAAUAUAUGUGUACAUUUUUUUUACUAUUUUUUGUUAUGAAUAUAGUUUUAAAAAUCAAGGGAAUAUCAAAGUAAUAGAUAAAAUGAGUAAUGAAUGUCAUUCCAUAAUCAUUGUUAGGAGAAUUAAUGUAAUUUGAUGGGUUUUACUGAUUCAUCAGUGAAGUUAGACAUUUCUUCGACUUAUACAUAUAAAGCUCGGUCGAGUUUCCCUGAGUAUUUUCUAAAGUUCUAUUCUUACGGGUGGAAUCAUUAAAAGUUUCGAAAAAAAAAUUCUAAAGUGAUUGUUUAUAUGUCAAAAUUAUUGAAAUCUGUUGUACAAGUCAUGAGCAUAGUAAGAUAGAAUACCUCAUCCUCUAAAUUUACAUGUCAUUCGGAAAAGUGUUUUUGUUGUUCUGAGGGUAGAAGAGGGCAUUAUGGACUGUUUCUAGCCGAUGUCAUAAAAAUAUUCUUCAUUGUACGACAUGAAAAAAUUUUUCUGGCGCCUAUGUUCGUAACGAGAAAAGCUUUUUUCGGUUUAGUAACGAAAUAUACUAUCUACAGAUUUAGAAAUAAUCAAUUCGAAAAGCAGGCGUUCAGAGUCGUAUGAGUCGGUGUGACGCAUCGACUCGAUAGAGAAGUGGUCAAGAAAUGGAUGGAUGGCCAUGAAGAAACGUGUCAGGAGAAGAAUUUUGUCUGAAAAAAUCGAAAGAAAGUACUUGGAAAAAAAUAUGGCAAAAAUGCGGAAUCAUAAACGUCGAAGUUUACAGUGGAAUGGAAUACAGUAGAACAGUAGAAAAAUCAUGGAAAAUUGUUAAAAAUUUGGGAAAAUUAAAGAUCAUGAGAUAAUGAAAUACAAUGCUCCACUUUAUACGUGAGAGAAUGAAAAAACAGGUGAAGCACCGAGUUAAAAAGGGUGACCAAGGAAAUCGAUAAUUCGGCAUUUCAAGUUAUUCACCGGUGGUCACUGGAGCUCACUGCUUGUCUAUUGUCCUACAUAUUCUCACAAUCGAAUAAAUCUUUACCUCCAGCGGUAUUUACUUCCAUAAAUACGUGAUUUAAACAAAUUUAUUGAAUGAUAAUCCCAUGGAUGACAGUUUAAAAAUAAACGAGCGAAUGAGAAAGAACUGAAUAAUCGAGAAAAUUAGGCACUUUUUUUUCUCAUUUUUAUUAACAUUCUGUACGUAUAGCUAAGAUGAUGGUAUGUGUGUAAAUAUGUAUUUACCCCGAUUGCUGUAAUAUUUGUCAUAUAGUUUAUACACAAAGCGUUAUAUUCCUAGACCAUAUGGAGAGAGAAUGAACCGAUAAAUAUAUCGCGAAAAAAUUAGAGAAUUUUUAAUUAUACGUGUCGAUUUAAGUCAAGGGAUCAAGGAUUGUUAUAUCAUAUUGUAAACGUGACAAUCAAUGUUAUUGGAGAGAAUUAUCAAAUCCCUUCACAAGUAUUGACACUGCAUGUAAUUGGAAUCGGGGGACGAGAAUUAAUCGAAUGGCAGAGAAAACGUUGAUGGAAGCUGUGUGGACAUUUUUGUGUAUAAAUCGAUGUACAAUAUACAAAUUUAUUAAUAUAAACA